UCACGAGUUUGAUCCCUGGUACUGAUUAAAAAAAAAAAAAAUCAAAAAAAAAAGAAGCACUCCCCUCUGUUCUCACAGAUUCCACUGAUCUUGUUUUGAUCAUCUGUGCUCUCCAUGAGAGACGUGGUCCACCUUUUACAUCCCACCUCGAAAUGCGCCUGUCCUUUUUGACCUAUGUUGGAUGGAGGUGGCUGCCCUUGCCCCCAAGCCCCUUGCCUAGGUAGCUAAGCGCAGGGGAAGCCUUUGGCAGGUCGAAGCUGUUGAGCAAGCUGCAGGCUGGAUAAGGCGGAGCCUCGGCCGUAGGGGCGGGGCCGAGUGCUGUGCUUGUGGCCCCACCCGGCGCUGAGCUGUUUCCACCCUGGAGGAGGUCGAUGACGUGAGUACGUCGUGACGUUGCUACGCAGGGACCGCUAGGCAGCGCCAGUUCCUGCUGAGUGGUGGGGUUCGGCUGCUCGUCCUAGCUGCGUGAGGAGAGGUUGUAGUUGGAUGUACGGGAAGCUGUGAGCAGGUGCUGGCGGCGCGAACCUGACGACCUUGUUACGCAGACCAUGGGCGCUCAGUUGAGUGGCAGUCCGGGUACCCCCGAACCGGCGCAGCCAGAUCCCUCGGAACCAGCCCCUCCUGACCAGCCCCAGCCUGGGCAGGAGCCUGAUCCCGACCCUUGGGGGCCACUGGACGACGUGCGCUUCCUCAUCGCCUGCACUUCCUGGUACUGACACUGACACUGCCACUUGGGAGACUGCCGAGCUGCCUCUCCGUCCUUGCAUCGUUGGGCUGGUCAGCCUCUUCCUGCAAACCCGUGUCUCUUCCCGAACCUCGCAGACAGGCAGAGAACCCGAAGAGAUCGGCCAGGCCAGCAACCAAAGCCAGCUCUGACCGUGUUCAACCCCAGUCCUCUCUUGAGGGCAGCCUUCCCUGAACCAGAACCAGGCCAGGCCUUGUGGUAAGACCCUAUGGCUGCUGACCUCCCGGCCUGUCGGACCCUUAUUGCUAGAACUGAGCCCCUUCCUGCGACCCAGGUUAUGGCAUUGUGUGUUCUGAGCUCAGAAAAAUAUUUGCCUGUGAGAUUUCCUGUAUUUUUUUUUUUGCAUUAUCAAUUCUUUUAUUGAACCACUGAUAUUUGCAGCGUUACAGUGCAUACUAAAGUGGUAUCUGCAGGAGACUAACCAGCUGAAAACAAGGACCCAGACUCUUCAUAAGGGAGUUUGUCCCCACCGUUUUUGGAAAGGGAGGAUGUCUGAUCGCUAAUCUAGCAGACUAUGUUUGGGGCAGUUCUGAAAUGCCACAGAGACCCUGAAGCUUUGUAAGGCCACUUCUUAGAAGCUAAUCUUUUCCCCAAGCCCCAGAAAAUUGACACGCUCUGUCUUUCUGUUUUAUUUAGAAAUGAUUUAAAAAACAUUAUACAAAGGCUGAUCAGUUUAAAAUGUGACCGACACUGAAAUGCUGUGAUAUCCCCCAGGCUGAGGGAAAGCUGGGCUCUCAGGCCACCAGUGCUUUGUCCCUCUGUCUGACUGCCCUGUCCUGGGGUGAUGAACAUGACCAGAAGCAGGAGAAUCCAAGAAUGGAAGCCUCCAGGCUGAGCCCUCUCUGGGCCUGGCCUGGCAUGCCUCACAUCUGCAGUCUGGCUGCCUGCCUCCACUGUCUGCUCUUUCUCAGCUGGCCUUGUAGUACCAGGAGCCAAUAGGAGCCUGGGAGGUGGGAGCCUAGAGCUUUCAGGAAGUGAGAGCACCAACCUGAGGAGUGGAGAAGGGCCAGGUAGGGGUUGGGGAAGGGAAGCCAGGAAGAGAUAGAUAGAGCUCAGACCUCACAGGGGUCCACAGAUGGAGACACAAGACCCAGCCAACCCUGUGGAUGGCCCUGGCAAGUAACAGAACCUCUCCACGCUUCAUCUGAGGGAAUGAUGAGUGUAGCCCUCAACCUCCCAGGGCCUACAUGAUUUUCAUAUGAGUUGGACAGGUGUGAGCUAAUAAAGUGCUUUGCAAAGUAUAAAA